AUGAGUCAGAAGGCAGAAAAACCAUCGCUAUCUGGCCAGCGACUCAAGACCAGGAAGAGGGAUGAGAAAGAAAAAUACGAUCCUAUUGGUUUUCGAGAUUCACUUAUUGAAGGACUCACAGAAUCUGGCUCGGAUUUAGAACAAGUGUCCAAAUUCCUGGACUCGGCAGGAGCACGAUUGGACUAUAGACGUUAUGCGGAUGUUCUUUUUAAUGUCCUCUUUGCUGGUGGACACUUGGCUCCAGGGGGAUCAUUAAUUCAAGAAACGGAUGGAGAUAAAAAAACAUACCAAACUGAUGUUUGUGUUUUUAAAGCUGAAGAAACAGUUGACAAACUAAGAGAAUUUUAUGAGGUUUUGUAUAAACUUCUAAGAAGAUAUAAAUUUUUGGAGAGGGCAUUUGAAGAAGAUCUCAGAAAAUUAUUGGUAUUUUUAAAGAGUUUUAAGGAAGAUGAGAGGCGAAAGCUGGCCAUCACUACUGGCCUUAUCCUGGCCAACUCACUCUGUUCAGCUAAAAUAUUGGACGGACUGUAUGAGGAACAUUUGGCUAAAGAAGGGUUAUCAUUGGAAUUUACCACCCUGAUGUUUAAGACAUGGAUAGCCGAAAAGGACAUUGCUCAUCUGACCAGUACAUUGAGAAGAUGUCAAAUUGAUACACGAUUAAUGGAAUUGUUUCCAAUAAACAAAAGAAGUCAAGAAAAAUUCACGGCUUAUUUCCGUGAGCAGGGAUUAGGAGCUAUUGCAGAAUUUCAGAAUAAACAGUUGGAUACUGAAGUGAAACAGGAAGUUAAAAAAGAAUUAGCUAAUAUGUUAAAAGAUGAAGAAUCUGCAGCAGAGAUGGUGUUGUAUGUUAAAGAAGAAAUGGAAAAGAAUGGAUUUCAGGACAGUGACAUUAUUGUCUUGAUCUGGAAUACUCUGAUGUCUGGUAUUGAAUGGAAUAAGAAAGAAGAUCUCGUGGCAGAACAGGCCUUGAAACAUCUUCGUAAUUAUGUUUUGUUGUUGAAAACCAUGACUCAGUCUGAUAAAGCUGAACAGUUAUUGAUUCUACGUAUUCAGGAGUAUUGCUAUGAAAAUAUCCAUUUCAUGAAGGUUUUUAUGAAGAUUAUAGUACUACUGUACAAGACUGAUGUAUUAAAUGAGGAGAACAUUGUACGUUGGUAUAAAACACAUCAUUCUAACAAGGGAAAGAGUGUAUUCCUGGAUCAAAUGAAGAAGUUUAUUGAAUGGUUGGAGAAUGCAGAAGAAGGUAGGGACAAUAUUUAUAGGGAGAGUGUCUGUUUCCAUUUUUAUCACUACCAUAUGUAUUGUCACAUGCUAAAACAUUUCUGUCUUUUUGUCUCUGGUUGA